GACGACGAGGACGGCGAGGGCGAGGACGACGCGGAGGUGCAGCAGGAGUGUCUGAGCAAGUUCUCCACUAGCGACUAUAUCAUGGAGCCGUCCAUCUUCAACACGCUCAAAAGGUAUUUCCAAGCCGGCGGCUCCCCCGAGAACGUCAUCCAGCUCCUGUCGGAGAACUACACGGCCGUGGCGCAGACCGUGAACCUGCUGGCGGAGUGGCUCAUUCAAACGGGUGUUGAGCCAGUGCAGGUUCAAGAAACUGUGGAAAACCACUUGAAAAGUUUACUUAUCAAACACUUUGACCCUCGGAAAGCAGAUUCCAUAUUCACAGAAGAAGGAGAGACUCCAGCCUGGCUUGAGCAAAUGAUAGCACAUACUACAUGGAGGGAUCUUUUUUACAAACUGGCUGAAGCCCAUCCAGACUGCUUAAUGCUUAAUUUUACUGUGAAGCUUAUUUCUGAUGCUGGGUAUCAGGGUGAGAUAACUAGUGUCUCAACAGCAUGUCAGCAAUUAGAAGUCUUUUCUCGAGUGCUACGUACAUCUCUAGCUACAAUUGUAGAUGGAGGGGAAGACAACCUGGAGAAGAACCUCCCUGAGUUUGCUAAAAUGGUGUGCCAUGGAGAGCAUACAUAUCUCUUUGCUCAGGCAAUGAUGUCCAUAUUAGCCCAAGAAGAGCAAGGUGGAUCUGCUGUGCGCAGGAUUGCUCAGGAGGUUCAGCGAUACGCCCAUGAAAAAGGCCACGAUGCCAGUCAGAUCACGCUAGCACUGGGUACUGCAGCAUCCUACCCUCGAGCGUGUCAAGCUCUUGGUGCAAUGUUGUCCAAAGGUGCUCUGAACCCAGCAGAUAUCACAGUCCUGUUCAAAAUGUUUACCAGCAUGGACCCACCUCCAGUAGAACUGAUUCGAGUACCUGCCUUUCUGGACCUUUUCAUGCAGUCACUCUUUAAGCCAGGUGCCAAGAUCAAUCAGGACCACAAACAUAAGUACAUUCACAUACUGGCAUAUGCAGCCAGUGUAGUAGAAACAUGGAAAAAGAACAAGAGAGUGAGUAUAAAUAAGGAUGAACUCAAGUCAACUUCAAAAGCAAUUGAAACUGUUCAUAAUCUGUGCUGCAAUGAGAACAAAGGUGCUUCAGAACUGGUUGCAGAGCUGAGCACCCUAUAUCAGUGUAUCCGUUUUCCAGUGGUGGCAAUGGGUGUAUUAAAGUGGGUAGACUGGACUGUCUCAGAACCACGAUAUUUUCAGCUUCAGACUGAUCACACUCCAGUACAUCUGGCAUUACUGGAUGAGAUCAGUACGUGCCAUCAGCUGCUUCAUCCCCAGGUGCUGCAACUUCUUGUUAAGCUCUUUGAAACGGAACACUCACAACUUGAUGUUAUGGAACAGCUGGAAUUGAAGAAAACUCUUCUGGACAGAAUGGUUCACUUACUCAGUCGAGGAUAUGUCCUACCUGUUGUCAGUUAUAUCCGCAAGUGUCUGGAGAAGCUAGACACAGACAUUUCACUCAUUAGAUACUUUGUUACUGAGGUGCUUGAUGUAAUUGCUCCUCCAUAUACCUCAGACUUUGUACAGCUUUUCCUUCCAAUCUUGGAGAACGACAGCAUUGCAGGCACUAUUAAAACAGAAGGUGAACAUGACCCUGUCACUGAGUUUAUAGCUCAUUGCAAAUCUAACUUCAUUAUGGUGAACUAAACAUGGAAAAACAAGAAUGCACAACACCUUGAAUACUGAAGUCACAGAUGAUGAAUUCUUUGCCAUAAAUUCCACCAUUAAAGUUCUAUAUCUGGGAACAGGUAGCAAACAAAAAAGAAGGGGAAGAAGUUUUUGAUUCAUAUUCCACAGUAACUGAAUGUGAGGCCUUUUAUUGCAUCUUGGAAUAAGGGAUUCUCCAAAAGUCCAGUAAUUCUUCAGGGGAUUUUUAUUAGGUAAAUCAAAAUGCCCAUCUACACAUACACAUCCUGAAGAACAAAGAAAUGACUAGCUCAUGUUUUUAAGGAAUAUUCUUUCUUGGUUUCUCUUGGAGCUGGUAAAAUUUCUUCCAUUGAUAUUGUGUGUAAUUAAAGAACACCUGAAGAAUGGAGACCAGUGCUAAGUAGGGAAAUCUCUUUCGGAGGCACUUCUCUGAAAUGUGACCCUAAAUGCUUCAGGCUCUGAUCUUGUGAUUUCAGGUGGUGGGGUUGAGUACAUAGUUGGCCCUGUCCUGGAGAGAAGCCAUGGUGCUUUUUCUUGUUACUGCAUUCUCGUUAUAGCAUCUUUUAAAUACUUUCCUUCUGAAACUACAUGUCAUAUGGAACGUGUUGAAUUGUAGCAAUCGGAGUUAAUUUUUGUUACUGACAAAAAUCCUGUGCGGGAGUGGCCUUGUAUAGAAAUCUAUUUUUUUGGUAAUCGAUGUUUUUGCAUAUUACUGGUAAGUGCAUUACUGCAUCAGAAUUGGCACUGUAGUCAAAUUAUCUGGAUGUAAAUAAACAUUUUUGAUACAGCUGAAUUUGUCAGCCAGUUUGUAGUGGAGAACAGCAAAAUAAACUGAGUUGUUUUGUA